GAGCCCCCCCAAAAAGGAAAAAUGUUUUUGUUAGCAUAUAUAUAAUAGCUUAAUGACAUUUUCACACAUGUAUAUAAUGUGUCUGGUCACAUUCACCCCCAUUACUCACUCUUGUUCCCUUCCUGCUUAAAAUCUUGAUACACAACAUGGAUGCAAUGUAAAGAUACUUUGCUUUUAUACUGUGAAACCAGCCAGCCAUAAAGGAAAGACCGUAUCUGCUUGCUUUCAGUUGCUGUCAUACAACACCAUGAUGACAAGCAUCUUGUAGAGGAAAGAGCUGUUUGGCUUAAAUGUCUUGAUCACAGUCCAUCAUGCAGGGAAGUCAGGACAAGAAGGGGGGUGGGGGGGGGCUGUAACUGAAGCAGAGCCCAUGGAAGACACUGGCUUACUCUUCUUUGUUGAAAAGAUUGAAAAUCUGUUAAUUGUUCAGCCCUUGGGGCUGGAUAUCUCAGUGAUCCCAAUCUUGCACUGAAGGCCUGGGAGAUUCCUGGAGAGCUGAGGGUCUUCAGUCUGUGUAGGAAUCCCAGAUAAGUUGGUUCUAAUACCAACCAACACCGUAAUGACUCAGGGACAGGAUGAAUGAACUUGACAGUAAGAGCACAGCAGGCAGAAAUAAGGUUUCCUUCCAUGGUGCCAGCAGAAAGUGUGGCUCAGUUUAGGGUUAGUCUUUGGCUUUCACAUAACCCAGGAAAACCCCUUAUAAAAAUGCCAGCAGCAUGCCGGUCGUCGUGGCGCACGCCUUUUAUCCCAGCACUUGGGAGGCAGAGGCAGGCGGAUUUCUGAGUUUGAGGCCAGCCUGGUCUACAGAGUAAGUUCCAGGACAGCCAGGGAAACACAAAGAGAAACCCUGUCUCGAAAAUACAAAAAGGAUGCCAGCAGCUUAGACUUUAGUAGGUUCCAGAUGCAUUAAGUUGACAACCAGAAUAGACCACCACCAUGAUUCUACACACAGGAAGUGUAAGUGUGGAUGUACAAAGUGGGUAUAAAGAAUGAGGGAAGGGGCUGGAGAGAUGGCUCAGUAGUUAAGAGUACUGACUGCUCUUCCAGAGGUCCUGAGUUCAAAUCCCAGCAACCACAUGGUGGCUCACAACCAUCUGUAAUGGGAUCUGAUGCCCUCUUCUGGUAUGUGUGAAGACAGCAACAGUGUCCUCAUACAUAUAAAAUAAAUAAACCUUAAAAAUAAAUAAAAUAUUGGGGCUGGCGAGAUGGCUCAGUGGUUAAGAGCACUGACAGAACUUCCAGAGUUCAAAUCCCAGCAACCACAUGGUGGCUCAAAAAACCACCUGUAAUGAGAUCUGACGCCCUCUUCUGGUGUGUCUGAAGUCAGCUACAGUGUACUUAUGUAUAAUAAAUCUUUGGGCCGGAGCAAGCAGGGACUGAGUGAGCAGGGCCGACCGGAGCAAGCCCGGUUGACUGGAGUGAGCAGAGGUCCUAAAAUUAAAUUCUCAACAACCACAUGAAGGCUCACAACCAUCUGUGUACUCACAUGCAUAAAAAAAGAAAGAAAGAAAGAAAGAAAGAAAGAAAGAAAGAAAGAAAGAGAAAGAAAGAGAAUGAGGGAGAUGUAUUCUUCCAGAUAACAAACUUUUGGAGUUGAUUGAUGAUAGCUACAACCAAAGGUGAGCGUACAUCAUACCACUUAACUGCACUUAAAGAUGAUUUUUAAAUGGUAAAGAUUAUAUUAUGCAAACCUUACAGUUUUAUAAAGGCAGGGUGGCACGGAUAAUGGUAUGAGGUCAGAGAACCAAGCAACUCAUGGGUUAAAAAGAUAGUCUUUAACAAAGGGCCAUUUGUUUAAGCCCAGGUAGGGUUCCAAGAUGUGAAUUCCACCACACCUGAAACAGGAAGACUGGAUUUAAACUUAAAAGGAGAAACUCAAAUUCCCAGAUGCAAACAGAGAAAGUUUUCAUGAACUUGAAGUCUACACAUCCGUUUCUCUCCCCUUCCCUUGUCUGUCCUCUUCUGCCUCUCUCCCCUUCUCCCUCUGUUUUCUGGUGUUGCAGAUAGAACCCAGGGCAUGUUUUGUUCCACUGAGCUACAUCCCCAGCUUCUAGGGAAUUCUGAGUGCAGAAGCACAAACUGAAGGAAGUAACCACGAAAAGUAGGAUCAACUGACCACCAGAAUAAGACACUUACCAGGGCUAGCUAGCCUUUGCAACAAACAGAGACCAUUACAGAAAACCACAACUUGUCAAAACUCAGGGUUAUAGAGUCCAGUCCCAACAGAUCUACAAAACAAUUGCACCUAAGCUCAGGGAAUAUUUCCUGUAGAGGGGGCAAAAAGAUUGCAAGAGCCAGAGAAUCAGGGAGUUUGCUGUGAGAUUUUGUCUCCUAGUAAUGUCAGAGGCUACACCCAUAAGUUUCACCAACUUGAAUGCUUAAACCAUGAGCUGAGCAAGGACAAUAGGGAUACCAAACUGGAGGCCUCAACUCUACACAAAGAACUACUAGCAACUAAGGAGUGUUGAGAGUGGGAGAAACAGUCUUCCCCAGGGAACAGCAAUUGGUCAUCCAACACCAGUCCUGGAAACACACAAAGAACAUGCAGCCUGAGCAGGUUGUGCUUAGCGGUGUAUAUUUAUGUAUAGAUACAUAUAGACAUGUAGACACGAUGCAUUUAUCCCCCAAAAUGAAACUAGUGUUUAAAGACUUACAGAAGUAUUGUAAUUCCUACAAACAAUUUUCAGCUCUAGGAAGUAACAUUUUCUUUCAUUGAUAACAGAAUUUGUAAAAAUGAAAUAAAAACCUUUGACAGAAGACAGUCAAAAGCAAUGAAAAGCCAGGGCCAAGACCAUGAGAAAGUAUUUGGUAGAGUAUGUAACAAGAGUUAUGUUCAGAACAUGUAUUUUCCUAAUGAAACAUUUAUAUCCUGAUCUCUUCACAUUUCAUAGACCAGGGGCUGUAUUUAAAAGGUGAACAAAAUUCUGGUUGUGACAGAAAGGCCAAGACAGAAACAGUUGUCCCAACAGCACUGAAUCCAAACCUACUAGGUUUGGUAUUUAUUUUUGUUUUUGUUUUUACUUCUUGCUUAUUUUAAAACUUUGUGUAUGCACUUUCAUGAGUUUAUGUGCACCAUGUCUGUGCCUGGGAGGGCUAGAGCACUGCAUCAGAAUCUGGAGGUUAGAGGUGGUUGUGUGCCACUUGGUGUGGGUGCUAGAAACAAUGUAAGUCCUUGUGAUGGUUUGUAUAUCCUUGGACCAGGGAGUGGCACCAUCUGAAGUUGUGGCCUUGUUGGAAUAGGUGUGACCUGGUUGGAAUGGGUGUGUCACUGUGGGUGUGGGUAUAAGAUCCUCACCCUAGCCGGGCGGUGGUGGCACACGCCUUUAAUCCCAGCACUCGGGAGGCAGAGGCAGGCGGAUUUCUGAGUUCGAGGCCAGCCGGGUCUACAGAGUGAGUUCCAGGACAGCCAGAGCUAUACAGAGAAACCCUGUCUCGAAAAACAAAACAAAACAAAACAAAAACAACAACAAAAAAAAGAUCCUCACCCUAGUUGCCUGGAAGUCAGUCUUCCACUAGCAGCCUUUGGAUGAAGAAGUAGAACUCUCAGCUCUACCUGCACCAUGCCUGCCUGGAUACUGCCAUGCACCCACUUUGAUGAUGAUGGACUGAACUUCUGAAUCUGUAAGCCAGCCCCAAUUAAAUGUUGUUUUAUUAAUACUUGCCUUGGUCAUGGUGUCUGUUCACAGCAGUAAAACCCUAACUAAUACAGUCCUCUGCAAGAACAGAAAGCACUCUUAUUUUAAACACAGAUUUGUGUUGGUACUAUUUUUUUGAGUUACUUUAUUGGGGUCUUAGAUCUACUUCCCUUCCAACCCUUAUUCCACCCUGAUCUCUUCCAACUCCCCAACGCUAGGUAGGAAGGAAAGAAAGAGAGGAAAUGAGGCACAGACCUCUUUAGAUUAUUUCCUGCUGACUGGGGAUGUUGAGUUACUUGAGGCAAGUCCAAUCUUCAUGGUCAGGAUAUCUCCAAUUUCUUCUCAUCUCUUUGCUCACGAACACUUGGCAAAACUCCAGGAGAAGCAGCAUUCCCAGAGCGCCCCACCUCAUCUCAGGACUCUGGUUCAUACCCUUGGAAGCAUCCCUAGACUUCUGAAUGUAAACUAUCUACAGCUGGCAAAAGCAUGCCCCUGCCAGUGCACUUGGCAAAUCAUAAUCACCUGCUGUGGAGUAGUCUCUUAUCCCACACCUGGGGUUAAAUAAAGACAUUCACACAAUUAUAACUGGGUUUUCUAAGAAACCAAAAUUCUCACUAUAGAGUCUCUCUUUGUGGUCUUUCCUGGAACUCUCUGUGUAGACAGACUGGCCUUUGAGUCACAAAGAGCAACCUGUCUUUGCCUACUAAGUGCUGGGUGCUGUGAUUAAAGGUGCGUGCCACUAUACCCAUCGUAAGUGAGGACUCAACAGCUGAGCCAUCUCUCCAAACACAGAGACAACAUAGUAGAACCGAUUUAAGCUUAUCCCGGCUUAUAAAUAAAUGAGUGGAGGGUAACUCCUAAUGUACUCUUCUAACUGCUGUCCUGGCUACCUCCCUUGGGUGUACCCCAGAUAUGGACUGUUUUUUCUGGCUGUGUGCUCAUCCUUUGCCUCCCCCCAUGGGGGCUUCCUCUCUCCCAUUCCUCCUUCUACACUUGGUCUCUCUUUUCUCCUUACUCUUCCCACCCAGGUAACUCAAAAUCCACCUACCUCGAAUCCCUCCAGUAAUUGGCUGUAGCCAAUUUUAUUUAACCAACAGUUUUAAAUUAAGGAACAAGGUACAAAAGCUUGGAAAGACGGUAAGUCACUCGUAGGUUUAGGUUUUUGGAUAUGGAAUUUUGCUUUAUGUAACAGACCCAACCUCAACACUGAUUGUGAUUAAAAUUUUCUACAACAGCACAUUUUUUAAAAAAGAUUUAUUUAUUAUAUGUAAGUACACUGUAGCUGUCUUCAGACACUCCAGAAGAGGGCAUCAGAUUUCAUUAUGGAUGGUUGUGAGCCACCAUGUGGUUGCUGGGAUUUGAACUCGGGACCUUCAGAAGAGCAGUCGGCGCUCUUAACCACUGAGCCAUCUCGCCAGCCCCAACAGCACAUUCUUAUUGUGUACCUUUUGUUUUGAGACAGGAUCUACCUAGCCCUGACUGGCCAGGAAGACAAUAUGUAGAACUGACUGACCUCAGACUGAGAGCCACCUACCUCUGCCUCUCGAGCCGCUGGGAUUAAAGGCUGUGUAUUAUUGCUCACAGACUUUCCUUUUGUAAGGUUUUACUUUCUGUUUUGCCUGCAUGUAUGUCUGGGCACCAUGUGCAUGCUUGGUGUCCACGGAGGUCAGGGGAGCGCGAUGGAAACCCUGAAACGAGAUGGUUGUAAGCCACCAUGCGGUUAUUGAGCUGGGCUUUGAACCAGGUCCAAUGCAAAAGCGGCCUCUAGACCAUCUUAACUGCUAGACCAUCGCUCCUGUCAACUGGUUUGGUUUCUUCACAGGUCUCAGGUAUCUCAGGCUGACCUUGAACUUCUGAAUCUCCUGCCUUUACCCACCAAGCGCUGGUGCGCAGGUGUAAACGCUACGGUUUGUGUUUUGCUUCGGGGUUUUGUUGUUGCCUUGAUUUUUGUUUCCUUUCGUUGUAUUUCUGAGAAAGCCUCAAGUGACCCAGGCUGGCCUCGAGCCGGCGGCCAGCCUCGUCUCACCCUGGCGGGCAAGGGAGGCACAUCUGGCUCCAUCUGGUCCUCGAUUCUUUUAACGCGAGACAAACAGCGUGACCGCAUCAACCACGAGAGAGAACAGGUCACCCGCCACGUCGGCCGGAAGCCUGGGAUUCACCCUGCGUUCAUCCACUGGCCACGCAAUCAGAAAUCUCGCGGUGCUGCAUGAGUGAGCCGUGGUUGACAGCUCGCACACGUCUGCGCACUCGGGAUUGGACAGGGGAUCCUGAGGGGCGGGGCACGAGAGCCCUGGCGCGGACCGCCUACUCCGACCCCACACCCCGCUCGGCGGCGAGACGAACUCUCGCGACGCUUGCGUCCGGCCUCGCGAGCUCUGGCGUGGCGCUCGCCGGCUGGCCCUCACGGGGAAGAGGUGGCGUUCCGUUGGUGACGUUAGGCUCCGGCGGCGCCGGCAGGGCGUUCUCCGGAGCUGUGCGGCCAGCUCGCCGCCGUCCCGCUGCUGCGCUCGCGAUGGGCGCCCAGGACCGGCCGCAGUGUCACUUCGACAUCGAGAUCAACCGGGAACCGGUUGGUCGAAUUAUGUUUCAGCUCUUCUCAGACAUAUGUCCAAAAACAUGCAAAAACUUCCUAUGCCUGUGCUCAGGGGAGAAAGGCCUUGGGAAAACAACUGGGAAGAAGUUAUGUUAUAAAGGUUCUACAUUCCACCGUGUGGUUAAAAACUUUAUGAUUCAGGGUGGGGACUUCAGUGAAGGUAAUGGAAAAGGUGGAGAAUCAAUUUAUGGUGGAUACUUUAAAGAUGAAAACUUUAUUCUCAAACAUGACAGAGCGUUCCUUUUGUCAAUGGCAAAUCGAGGGAAACAUACCAAUGGUUCCCAGUUUUUCAUAACUACAAAGCCUGCUCCACACCUGGAUGGGGUUCAUGUUGUUUUUGGACUGGUAAUAUCUGGUUUUGAAGUAAUUGAACAGAUUGAAAAUCUGAAAACAGAUGCUGCAAGCAGACCUUAUGCAGAUGUCCGAGUUAUUGACUGUGGGGUGCUGGCCACAAAGUUGACAAAAGAUGUUUUUGAGAAAAAAAGGAAGAAACCAACCUGUUCAGAAGGCUCGGACUCUUCUUCCCGUUCCUCUUCCUCUUCAGAGUCCUCCUCAGAGAGUGAAGUUGAGCGAGAGACAAUCAGAAGGAGAAGACAUAAGAGGAGGCCAAAAGUCAGACAUGCUAAAAAGAGACGGAAAGAAAUGAGCAGUUCAGAAGAACCGAGGAGGAAGCGCACAGUAAGCCCUGAAGGUUAUUCUGAGAGGAGUGAUGUGAAUGAAAAAAGAUCAGUUGACUCAAACACUAAAAGAGAAAAGCCUGUUGUCCGCCCAGAAGAGAUUCCUCCAGUUCCCGAGAACCGAUUUUUACUUAGAAGAGAUAUGCCUGCUAUCACUGUGGAGCCUGAACAGAACAUUCCAGAUGUUGCACCUGUUGUAAGUGAUCAGAAACCCUCUGUAUCAAAGUCUGGACGGAAAAUCAAAGGAAGAGGCACGAUUCGCUAUCACACACCUCCAAGGUCAAGAUCCCACUCUGAGUCCAAAGAUGAUGACAGCAGUGAAACCCCUCCUCACUGGAAGGAGGAGAUGCAGAGACUGAGAGCCUACAGGCCCCCGAGCGGAGAGAAGUGGAGCAAAGGAGACAAGCUGAGUGACCCCUGUUCAAGCCGAUGGGAUGAAAGAAGCCUGUCCCAGAGAUCCAGAUCAUGGUCCUAUAAUGGAUACUAUUCAGAUCUUAGUACAGCGAGACACUCUGAUGGUCACCAUAAGAAACACAGAAAGGAAAAGAAGUUUAAGCAUAAAAAAAAAGCUAAAAAGCAGAAACAUUGCAGAAGACACAGACAGACAAAAAAGAGGAGAAUAGUUAUGCCUGAUUUGGAACCCUCAAGAUCUCCCACCCACCGAAUGAAGUCCUCUUGUGUUAGAGAAAGGAGAUCUCGUGCCUCCUCCUCCUCCUCUCAUCACUCAUCCAAGCGCGACUGGUCUAAAUCAGACCAGGAUGACGGGAGUGCUUCAACCCAUUCCAGCAGAGACUCCUACAGAUCCAAGUCUCAUUCACGAUCAGAUUCUAGAGGGAGCUCUAGAUCAAGGGCUGUGUCAAAGUCCUCAUCUCGUUCUCUCAACAGAUCAAAAUCUAGAUCUAGUUCCAGGUCAGGACCCCGAAGAACAUCAAUAUCCCCCAAAAAACCUGCUCAGCUGAGUGAAAAUAAGCCAGUUAAGACAGAACCUUUAAGGCCGUCAGUGCCACAGAAUGGAAAUGUGCUAGUGCAACCAGUGGCAGCAGAAAACAUUCCUGUAAUACCAUUGAGUGACAGCCCUCCCCCUUCUAGGUGGAAGCCUGGGCAGAAGCCCUGGAAGCCCUCUUACGAGCGAAUUCAGGAGAUGAAAGCUAAAACAACCCACUUGCUGCCUGUCCAAAGCACAUACAGCUUAACAAAUAUUAAAGCAACCGUGAGUUCAUCAUCUUAUCACAAAAGAGAAAAACCUUCAGAAAGUGAUGGGAGUGCUUAUUCAAAGUACAGUGAUAGAAGUUCUGGAAGCUCAGGAAGGUCGGGGAGCAAGUCUUCUAGGAGCAGGUCAUCCUCCAGGUCCUACACAAGGUCAAGGUCAAGAAGUCUCCCUACUUCACGCUCACUCUCUAGGUCUCCAUCAUCUAGGUCUCACUCACCAAAUAAGUACAGUGAUGGUUCCCAGCACAGUAGGUCAUCUUCAUAUACUUCUGUUAGCAGUGAUGAUGGAAGACGAGCCAUGUUUAGAUCCAACAGGAAAAAAAGUGUCACUUCACAUAAAAGACAUCGCAGCAACUCUGAAAAGACACUUCACAGUAAAUAUGUCAGAGGCAGAGAGAAAUCCUCACGUCACAGAAAGUAUAGUGAAAGUAGAUCAUCUUUAGAUUACUCUUCAGACAGUGACCAGUCACAUGUUCAAGUAUACUCAGCCCCAGAGAAGGAGAAGCAGGGAAAAGUGGAAGCAUUGAAUGAUAAGCAGGGGAAAGGCAGAGAAGAAGGAAAACCCAAGCCUGAAUGGGAAUGUCCUCGUUCUAAAAAGAGAACUCCGAAAGAUCACUCUAGAGAUGACAGUGUGUCCAAAGGGAAGAAUUGUGCGGGGAGUAAAUGGGAUUCGGAAUCAAACUCAGAACAAGAUGUGACUAAGAGCAGGAAAAGUGAUCCCCGGAGAGGUUCAGAAAAGGAGGAGGGUGAAGCCUCUUCAGACUCCGAGUCAGAAGUUGGUCAGAGUCACAUCAAAGCCAAACCCCCAGCAAAGCCUCCAACAAGCACUUUUCUGCCCGGCAGCGACGGUGCCUGGAAGUCUAGGAGACCACAGUCUUCAGCCUCUGAGUCAGAGAGCUCCUGCUCCAACUUGGGGAACAUUAGAGGAGAGCCCCAGAAGCAAAAACACUCAAAGGAUGAUCUUAAGGGGGAUCACACAAAAAGGGCAAGAGAGAAGUCAAAAGCUAAAAAAGACAAAAAACACAAGGCUCCAAAACGGAAGCAAGCUUUCCACUGGCAACCUCCACUCGAGUUUGGUGACGAUGAGGAGGAGGAGAUGAAUGGGAAGCAAGUUACACAGGACCCAAAAGAGAAAAGGCAUGUCUCUGAGAAGUGUGAAGCUGUGAAAGACGGCAUUCCAAACGUCGAGAAAACCUGUGAUGAAGGCAGUUCUCCAAGUAAACCCAAGAAGGGUACUUUAGAGCAGGACCCACUUGCAGAGGGUGGACAUGAUCCCAGCUCUUGUCCUGCACCUCUGAAAGUGGAGGACAACACGGCCAGCUCUCCACCUAGCGCCCAGCACCUUGAAGAGCAUGGCCCAGGUGGAGGGGAGGACGUGCUUCAGACAGAUGACAACAUGGAGAUUUGCACGCCUGAUAGGACUUCCCCUGCAAAGGGAGAGGUGGUGUCCCCUUUAGCAAACCACAGGCUAGACAGCCCAGAGGUGAACAUUAUUCCAGAGCAGGAUGAGUGUAUGGCACAUCCUAGAGCAGGAGGAGAACAAGAGAGUAGCAUGUCUGAAAGCAAGACCUUGGGUGAAAGUGGGGUUAAACAGGACAGCUCUACCAGUGUGACCAGUCCUGUAGAAACUUCUGGAAAGAAGGAGGGGGCUGAGAAGAGCCAAAUGAACCUCACAGAUAAGUGGAAGCCAUUGCAAGGUGUAGGGAAUCUGUCAGUGUCUACUGCAACCACAUCCAGUGCUCUGGAUGUGAAGGCAUUAUCUACUGUGCCUGAAGUGAAACCACAAGGCUUGAGGAUAGAAAUCAAAAGCAAAAAUAAGGUUCGGCCUGGGUCUCUCUUUGAUGAAGUAAGAAAGACGGCACGCCUAAAUCGAAGGCCACGGAAUCAAGAGAGUUCCAGUGAUGAUCAGACACCUAGUCGGGAUGGUGAUAGCCAGUCCAGGAGUCCACACAGAUCUCGAAGCAAAUCCGAAACCAAAUCUCGACACAGAACAAGGUCUGUCUCAUACAGUCACUCACGAAGUCGAUCUAGAAGCUCUACGUCAUCUUACCGAUCAAGAAGCUACUCUAGAAGCCGGAGCAGGGACUGGUAUAGCAGAGGCCGAACCCGCAGCCGGAGCAGUUCCUAUGGAAGUUUCCAUAGUCACAGGACGUCCAGCAGGAGCCGGUCCAGGAGCAGCUCUUAUGACCUCCAUAGCCGCUCCAGCAGAUCCUACACCUACGAUAGCUACUACAGCCGGAGUCGUAGCCGCAGCCGCAGCCAGAGGAGUGACAGUUACCAUCGGGGUAGAAGUUACAACAGGCGGUCCAGGAGUGGUAGAUCCUAUGGCUCAGACAGUGAAAGUGACAGAAGUUACUCUCAUCACCGGAGUCCCAGCGAGAGCAGCAGAUACAGCUGAGAUGUCUCUGUACAGAUUGUGUCUUAAGUGUAAAUACCUGGUAACUUAAAGCUUAAGAAACUGGAUGGCAGUCUGUUGUGUUUUAGUAUUAGACCUCAAUCCUAUAGUGGAUAUUUCUUGUCACUUAUUUACAUGUGCGCAAAAGAAUUUAAAGUGCAGAUGUCCCUAGAAAUAUUUCUAUGACCCAUUUUACAGUAGGCAACUAUGGAAUUUUCAUUUUCUUGAAUCAAGAAAUGGUAAAUUUGAUGUAAGUAUAAUUUGCAGUGUCACUGUAGAUAGGGUUUUCUGUAGAUCACAUUGUCUGUAGAAUUCAGGUUUCUUUUUGUUUCAGGUUUUAGCAUCCAUGCUGCCAAACACAAUUAUGGAGAGCUGUCACAAGACACGUGUUCUCCAUGUCCCCAUGUCCCCAUGCUGGUUGUCGUCUUGGUGUGUGCUGUCAGAUGAGGCUGUCCACAUCCAUAUUGACCAUGGCCAGGUGUGCAGGGUGGUAGCUCAUUCCUCUGUGUCCCAGCUGUGAGCACCCACACUUCACAGGGAAUGCCAGCCCAGCCACCCCAGCUCCUGCUUUGGUGCUUGGUGCCUUUGGUUCCUCGUAUACCCUAUGUCAUAUUGUCACAUACUGCAUUUCCUGAUGCCAGAAAAUGAAUUGUGAUUUUUUUUUUUUAAAUUCACUGGCACCAAAAAUAAUUUCUUCUGAGCUGGGUUCACUGUGAGUGUAGGGGCUUCUUCCAAACACAGAUAUGUGGUGGAGGUCCCUUGGAACAGAACCUGUAUGGCUGGUCAUCUUGUUCUGCACAUGUGUGCUAAAGUGCCAGCUGAAGAAUGUCCUUCAGAAGCAGCUCCACAGACACUCCAGCCAAGCUUCACUCUCACUGUGGCAAUAGUAGCAGCCCUGCCCCAACCAUCCUAUUCCCUGUUUGUGUCGAGACACCCCCCACCCCCACCCCCACGCUGCCCCCUGACUCCAUGAAGCCCUGCCUGAUGGAGGAAACCCAGGACAAAAGUUGGGGGCAGCAGGGUCACAGGCUCUGCUGCACAGAAAGGGGUUCUUACGGCUUUGUGUGGCUCCUCCAGGAAGAAUCUAACCUGUAAAAACUAGUGUGGGUUUGUUUCUUUGUUUUGUUUUACUCUUUAGUUUGCAUUCUUUCCCCAAGUGUACUUAAUCACCUUAGUGCCGGUUAAAUCCAGUUCACAGACUUCCUGUCAGGUAUAUGGUGUAGAAGUCUGUACUCUCCUAUCCCACCCAGGCCUUGCUAGUGCAUUUGGGAAGAGUAAAGGCCUUGGGCUGGAGGAAAUUACUAAAGCCCUGGCCAGAUGGAGGGGAAGUACUGGAUAUAUGAAAGUAGUCUUCCAGGGCCAUGUGGCUCAGUGAUAUAUAGCAUGUGCUUAGCAUGUAAGUAGCUCUGGGAUCAGAGGUCAGCACCCCACAAAUAAAUAAUGGUGUUACUCUGUGAUGUAUGUAAGCAGCAUUUUGGUGGCCAGCCAGCUAUUGUUCACCAUGUCUGUAAAUUAGUUAAUUAGAAGGAUAACAUCGGAACUCAGUGCUUGGCGGGUUAGACAUGUGGUUUAUAGUGAGUGGGUCCUUCUACCCCCCCCCCCUUUAAAGUUGCCUACAAAGAAGGGUGUUUGAAUCUAGUAUUCAGUAGGAAGAAUGCAUUCAGAGCCCAAAUAAACUGGCAAAUGUAAUUAGUAAGAAAAGGUCACUAUUGGGCCAUAUAUUCUUAUUUGGUUGCUGUGUAACAAGUUAUCCCAAAUUUCUCAGCCUAAGAGUGCCUAUGUGUCAUUGACAAACAGGCAAUGGUAGGGUUGACUCAUCUGCUCAGGGUCUCAAGGUAAGGUCUGGAAGAGCUCAUUUCUCAGAAGACUCUGGGAAGACGUGACUUGUAGCUGGGCCCCUCUAGAGCCCUCGGUGGAUGCCCACAUCGCCUGCUGUAGGCCUUGCCAGCUUCAACCAGCAGGGACCCUUUGAGUCUUGUCUUUUUUUCAAAACCUCUGCCCUCCUCCUGCUUUAAGGGUCCAUGUAAGUAGAUCAGACUCCAGAGAUAAAUCUCUACUCGAAGUCCCGUGGCCAGAGGAAUUACAGACAUUGUCGGGUUCUGGGGAUUAGCAUAGCAAGAGGAAGGGCAUCCACCUACCACCUACUGCUGCAUGGACAGGGCUUAACCUGUACCAGCAGGCACUCAUGUUCAGUAAUGUCAACCUUGCUGUUUAUACUCGACUGAAUACAGAAAUGGCUUUUCUUCUUAUCCACGAUCAUUCUGUAUUUUGAAGUUAUUUUUUUAAUAAAAUUGAAUUAUGUUGUGUAAUGUGCUUAAUAGAAAAUGCUUUCUUUAUUGGAUGAUUUUGUAACAUCCUGUUUACUGCAAGUGGCAUAGUUGAUAUUGUUCAAAAAUGUAGAAAAUACUUUUGUACAUACUAGCAAUGUCUAAUUUGUAUAUACUUCUAUGAAAUUUCUCUACAACUUGAAAAGGAUCUUGUAGAAAUGAAAAUACAUGCUGAGUUUGA